CGGAACCGGAAGUGGCCUGUCUGUGUUGCUGCUGACGUUGGUGCUAGCUCGGAGCAGCCAUGUCGUUCACGGAUCAGUCUCUGCUGGACCUGACGGACAAAGAAACCCGGGAGAAGCUGUCGCUGUGGGACCGUCGCACCGACGCCACGGCUCCUCUCACGGACAGACAGAUGGACUCGGUGCUGGAGCUCCGAGCGGCGGCGGAGACGCUCGCUGUCCCGUCCGAGCUUCCCAUCGAGGACCUGUGCAGCCUGUCCUCACGGUCCUUGCAGUCCUCCUUCACGGCCACUGUCCCGGCAUCAACAGAGGACGUCCUGCUGAAAGGUUUCCAGAUGCUGGACAUGGAGAAUGACAGGAUAGAGACAGCACAGCAGUUUUUCGCCUGGUUUGCCAACUUGCAGGCGAACAUGGACCAGGACGAGAGCGUCAAAUACAGGAAAACCAGAGAUGAUCUAAACUGCUACCAGGAACAAUGCGAUGCUAUUCUGAAGGAUGUCAGUACGGCUUUGGAGCACUUGGAUUCCCUUCAGAAACAGUAUCUGUUUGUGUCCAAUAAGACCGGCACCCUCCAUGAGGCCUGUGAACAGCUCUUAAAAGAGCAGUCCGAGCUUGUUGACCUGGCAGAGAGCAUCCAGCAGAAACUGUCGUAUUUUAAUGAGUUGGAAACCAUAAACACGAAACUGAACUCGCCAGCCUUGUCUGUAAAUAGCGAUGGCUUUAUACCAAUGCUGUCGAGAUUGGACGACUGCAUCGAAUACGUUUCUUCACACCCAAAUUUCAAGGACUAUCCGGUUUAUUUGACCAAGUUUAAACAGUGUCUCUCCAAAGCUAUGCACUUCAUGAAGAUCUACAUUGUAAACACUAUGCAGAACCUCACGAGCCAGUUAACCAAAAGGGAUCCGAUGGGCCUGACCAACGCAGACAACGCCUUCACACUUUACUAUGUUAAGUUCAGAGCAGUCGCACCUAAAGUUAGAUCGCUGAUUGAACAGAUAGAACAGCGAGCCGAGAAGAUUCCAGAAUACCAUCAGCUCCUGGAAGAAAUCCAUCAGUGCUACCUUGACCAGAGGGAGCAGCUCCUCAGUCCGAGCAUUACAUCCACCAUUACUGACCUGACCAACCAGAACAGCAAAGACCACUGCGCUCUGGUUCGCAGUGGCUGCGCCUUCAUGGUUCACGUUUGUCAGGACGAACACCAACUGUUCAACGAGUUCUUCUCUAAACCUACGCCUAAACUAGACGAGCUGCUGGAGAAGCUGUGUUUGUCCCUGUAUGACGUCCUCCGGCCUCUUAUCAUUCACAUCAUCCACCUGGAAACCCUGUCCGAACUCUGCAGCAUCCUCAAGAAUGAGAUGCUGGAAGACCACGUCCAUAACAAUGCCACUCAGUUGGGGGCCUUUGAUGCAGUGGUGAAGCAGAUGCUGGAGGAUGUCCAGGAGAGGCUAGUUUACAGGACCCACAUUUACAUUCAGACCGAUAUCACAGGCUACAACCCAGCUCCAGGGGAUCUGGCCUAUCCCGAGAAACUGGAGAUGAUGGAGAGAAUUGCUCAAAGCUUGAAGGAAGAGCAGAUGAAGCAGAUGUCACAGGAGUCCAUGUUUUCUGAUGUUCAGCUCGAGGAUCCUGAUGGCAGAAGAAACAGUAACGCCGGGAACAUAGAAGCGUCGAGCCUACAGACGUCGAUCUCUCCCGCUGAUCUGCACGGCAUGUGGUACCCUACUGUCAGACGAACGCUGGUUUGUCUGUCCAAGCUCUACAGAUGUAUAGAUAGAGCGGUCUUCCAGGGUUUAUCUCAAGAAGCCUUAUCUGCCUGCAUCCAGUCUCUGCUUAAAGCCUCAGAUAUCAUCCUUAAAAAUAAGACGCAAAUAGAUGGGCAACUUUUCCUGAUCAAGCACCUGCUGAUAAUGCGUGAACAGAUUGCCCCAUUUCACACCGACUUUGCCAUCAAGGAAAUCUCACUGGACCUGAAGAAAACGCGAGAUGCCGCCUUCAAAAUCCUCAACCCUAAGGCCGUUCCCAAAUUCUUCCGACUUAACAGUCACAACGCCAUACUUGAAUUCCUGUUGGAGGGAACACCCGAGAUAAAGGAGCACUACAUUGACUCCAAAAAGGACGUGGACCGACACCUGAAGUUCAGCUGCGAGCAGUUCAUCCAGCAGCAGACUCAGAUCUUUGUGGGGAACCUUGAGGAGUUUCUCACCAAGGUCGCAGCUCUUAAAACAAUGGCCAUCCAAGGUGGUCCCACGUACAGUCUGUCUCAGCAACCUUGGGCACAGCCAGCAAAGAUCAACGAUAUAGUGAUGGCUACCUACCGGGUGAUGAAGAGCAAGCUGCCAAGCACUUUACAGAGCAUGUCCUUGUACUUAGCCAAUAGAGACACGGAGUUCAUCCUUUUCAAGCCUGUCCGGAAUAACAUCCAGCAGGUAUUCCAAAGACUGCACGCUUUGCUUCAGGAGGAAUACAGCGGAGAAGACCUUCAAAUCAUCGCAUGCCCAUCUAUGGAGCAGAUUAACCUACUGCUGUCUGUGAAUAAGUAAUGUCCAAGUUCAGGCGUGUGGCGAUGCUGGCGAGCACCCUCUGGAGAGCAACAGGAUGUUGCAACUCCUGCCAUGACCAGGAGCUGUGAGGCUGAGUAGGCGAGAUGACCGGAAGAACUGUACCUGAGCUGCAAACCGCAUCAAGGGCGCUGAACUGACAGCAAAGAGGGAAAAAAAAAACAACUUUGCACAAGGCCUAAGAUUCUCCGUCGGCGGCUCGAGUACAUACAAGUAUGUUGAGGUUCAGGUAUUCAUGUUGGAGUUCAUAAAGAACUGGGAAGUGGAGGAUGAUAUUUUUGGGUACUGACUUGAUCAUUUUGUUUGACUCAAAUUGAUGGUGGCGUUGUGGUUAGGGUUGUUUUCAUGUAGGAGAAAUCCAUUCUGACAAUUGUGGAUUCGUGAUCACAGUUGCGUCUCUUUUUUUUUUAAAACACCAAACUGGUUUGAAUCAAAACAAUUUGCACACAGUGUGACCGUGAGGGUGGACGAUGGGUGGGUGGGGGGUGGAAGGGAGUGAAAUAUAUUAAGUGUUCAGACAAGGACACUUUGUGUGUGCAAAUAGAGGCACUAAAGGGUUGUUCUUCAGCCAGGUAGCUAAUGGCCAGUAAGGAGGCUUGAAUUCAGAUGCCCCAGACUCCCUCGACGGGUCUGGAAGGAUAGCAAGACAAAGAAAAAUGCUGCAAAAUGUAACAUUGAGUAGAACUCUACGCUGGGCUGAUGUACUACGGGAUGCUCAAGUACCUCUCCUGAUGUUUUCUUAAAGAAAAGAGAAGAUGCUAUUCUGCUGCAAAUAUGUAAAGAAAUCUUAUGUUUUAUACUUUUUUCCUUUUAUAAAUAGGUUGAUCAAAACUAAUACUUUUACCUUUUUGGACCAUUUGACCUUGGCAGUUUUGCACUGUAUGAUUUAUGGGUGUGUUUCCUAGUGCUCCUCGCAGAGUAACAAAAAGUAACAUUUGCUUUGGUGUAUCUCCUGUAUAAAAUGAUGUGUACAGUUAAACUAUUUAUGAACAUUCUGAUUAAAAAAACCCCAAAAAGUUA